GCGCUCGUUGAAGCAACAACACUCAGAAAAACUCACCUCAAGCCCAACAACGAUCUCUCAGUGAAGCAAAACCCGGAACUACCACACAGAACCGAUCUUUAACACACCACAAUGGCUGCAAACUACAAGAGCUGCCCGCUGAAGAAGCGCCCCAUCGUCUUCGUGGAGGAGCACCAGCAAACGGAGGCCUUGGCCCUGACCAAGAACUCAUCGUUUGCCGUGUUGCCUGCCAGGGAGGAUCAGCCACAGGAUCUCUCGCUCAAGCGCAAGGCCAGCCGCGAGCAGGACUUUGAGGAUUACGAACUACCCGCCAAGCGCGAAUACGUCCUAAAUCUCUCCAAGGCCCCGGAGACUCCGCGUUCCGCCUCGCCUCUAUGCUCGGCUUUGCUCUCGCCGAAAGCCGAGCACUCGGAUUACCAGCCCACCGACAUACACAUGCGCGGACUGACGGCCGCCACAGCCGGAUACACGACCAAUCCGUAUCAGUCCGCCUUCGUGAUGGCUGCCGGCUGCAACCCGAUCUCCGCACUGUGGAGCAGCUACCAGCCGCACAUCGCCAGCCACCUGAGCGCCUUCCCCUCGCCGGCCAGCUCAAUGGCCAGCUGCAUGGCCUCACCGCACUCGGUGUACAGCUACCAGCAGAUGACGCCACCAUCGAGUCCCGGCUCGGAGGCCAGCUCCGAGCCCGAGGAUCUCUCCGUGCGCAACGACAUUCCCCUGCCGGCCCUCUUCCACCUCUUCGACGAAGCGCGCAGCAGCAGUGCCAGCUCCAGCAGCGGCAGCGUGGCCUCCUACCCCUACGUGAGCGCCAGCAGUGCUCCAGCCGCCAGCAUCGCCUCGAGUGCCGCCAAGAACUACCGCUUCAAGUGUGACCAGUGCCAGAAGAUGUACUCCACCUCCAUCGGUCUCUCCAAGCACCGCCAGUUCCACUGCCCGGCCGCCGAGUGCAACCAGGAGAAGAAGACGCACUCCUGCGAGGAAUGCGGCAAGCUGUACACCACCGUCGGCGCCCUCAAGAUGCACAUUCGCACCCACACGCUGCCCUGCAAGUGCCCCAUCUGCGGCAAGGCCUUCUCGCGCCCCUGGCUGCUGCAGGGCCACAUCCGCACCCACACCGGCGAGAAGCCCUUCCAGUGCCCGGACUGUCCACGCUCCUUCGCCGACCGCUCCAACCUGCGCGCCCACCAGCAGACCCACGUGGACGUGAAGAAGUACGCCUGCCAGGUGUGCCACAAGUCCUUCUCCCGCAUGUCGCUCCUCAACAAGCACUCCAGCUCAAACUGCACCAUCACAAUUGCGUAGUUGGGAGCAAGACCAAGAGCAAGACCAAGAGCAAGAGCGACAUUGACUGUGCCGGACACGGCAUAAUAAUAGCUGACACAUUCCGCUGGCGAAGACCAAACUGCAGACAA